AUCUUGCAGCCUCGUGCUAGGGUAAUCGUAUCAGCCGUGUUUGUCACUCAGUCGGACCUCGUCCGAUCCCUCUUCCAUCGUUUGCCACCUUGGGCCCACACCUCCUUUUCCUACUUCGCUUCUUUGACUUCACUGGGCUGGUUCCGGCUUUAGAACUUGAUAUGGAUGAUCUUCCACUCGAGCUUCUUUCUAUGAUCAUCGACCAUCUCUGGGACGACCCACCGCAUUCGCCGGCCAGGGGACCACGUCUUACCCACCCCAAAGCUAGAUCCAAAGACAGAUUGCUCGUCAAUCUCAGAUCCGUACGCCUCGUUUGCAAAGCGUUUGCUCACGCAGCAGCGAAUCUGUUUGGGGAAACAUAUUUCCCGGUCAGAUGGGUCUCUCUAUCUCGGAACAGCUUAUCGGACCUCCUCGCCCUCUCUGAACACCCCCAGUAUGCCCGCCAUGUUUUCACACUUCGAAUCGAUGCCCUCAACCUCGACCUGCAGAUGCAUGAAGAGGGAAAGAGUAUGGUCAUGUUGGCGAAAGCAUUGGGGAACUUUGAGCCAACCCUGACAUCGAUACUGUUGUCUCUCAAGUGCUCAAGGAAGUCUGAAGAGUGUACCAAAGAGACCAAGGUUAUGGAUACGGUUCGAAGCGCCCUUCUCCAUGCCCGCGUCCAGCCAGCGAGGCUUCGCAUAUACACGAACAGACCGAAGGUCUUCUGCCUGCCAAACGUCCAACUGCACCUAGCGCACACGGUAAACAUGCAACACCUCACGAGCCUGAAGCUAGACUUCCUCAACGCAACCACCGUCGACCCCGAGGUCCAUCAAGCGCUCUCCCGAGGAACAAUCGCUCGCUUCAUCAGCUGCAUCCCCCACCUGCAGCAUCUCUCGAUCUACUUCGCAAGCGAGAUAUGGUACCGCGCACCCCUGCGCGCGCUCCUAGGACACAGUCCGCUCAGCCAUCUCCAAUCUCUCCGAAUCUGCGGCUUCAACAGCCGCGAGCACGAACUCACCGACCUCCUCCUGCGCCACCAAGACUCCCUGCAAUCCCUCGAGCUCGCCGACUUCAAGCUCCGCAACGGGAAAUGGCGCAACGUCUUCAAAGCCAUACGCGAGCAGGCCUCCUCCGCGCUCGACACCCUCCAGCUGCGCCGUCUCUGGGACCGCGACGAAGCUUUCUUCCUCUCCGACUCGACGUUUGAAAGCCUGACGCGCGCGGAAUUCGAGAGCAUGGAUUGGGCGCGCGUCGCUGCGCCGCGCGAAGACGCUGUGCUUGACCUGGAGCCUGUAGAGCUGGGGGAGACGGGCACUUUCAUUACGUUCCCGGAGGAUCUGCUCUACGACUCGGAUAACGUGGAAGGCGGGGAUGCGGUGAAUCCUUUACCCUAUUUUGCCCAUGAGCUGUUGCAUCCGGGGCAUGAUGGGCUGGUUGGCGUAGAUGGUGGCGAGGAUGAUGGCGCGUCGGGGUCUUUGGGAUCUGAGGGCGGUACGGAGGAGACAGGGAGCAGUCGGGACGAAGAUUGAAUAGGGUUUUAGCAAAGUCAGACUGGAGGUUGUCGGCCUGUUGAGGCUAGUCCAUUAGAGUGCCCAGAAGCCUUGAAAUAGUGAAGUAGACAGGGUAAUAGAGUCCGUCAACCGCCUAGAUC